UUUAAUAGAUAUGGAACGCGAAAGAUUUGAUAUUGUCAAAAACAAAACAAUUUUCGGAAAAAUCUGAUCGCGGCUUAGAUUUAAUGCAUAUUUUAUAAAUAAUUGAGCAAAAUGUUACGUUUACAAAAUUAUAAAGUAACCUACCAGCAUAUACAACUACACCAGAGGCUUAUAACGAGUACAACAAACAUAGUUUUGAAACCAAAUGUUUCUGCAAAUGCUUAUCAGCCCCGAAAUGUAGAAAAGAAGAAAUAUGAAAAUUGGGAAAAGUAUAAUCUGUUCACCGCUGAAAAUACUAGCACAAAACCUAAGUUUAGCAUGGUGCUACCUCCUCCGAACGUCACCGGGUCUCUUCAUUUAGGUCAUGCAUUAGCAUGUACAGUCCAGGAUGUGAUUGUAAGACACAAGAGGUCUAGGGGCCACAAUGUGCUCUGGUUGCCCGGCAUAGACCAUGCUGGGAUCGCUACACAGGGUGUAGUAGAAAAAUAUCUAAAAACAAAACAGGAUGUAUCACGCCACGACAUAGGACGGGAGAAGUUCCUACAAGAAGUCUGGAAAUGGAAGGAAAAACAUGGACAUACUAUAGUGAACCAAUUGAAAACACUUGGUUGUUCCCUCGACUGGGGUCGACAGACUUUUACCAUGGACCCAAAGCAUACAAACGCUGUAAACACAGCCUUCAUAAAACUAUUUAAAAAAGGUCUCAUAUACCGCAAAAAGGCCUUAGUUAACUGGUGCAGUACUUUAAAGUCUACUGUCUCCGAUAUUGAAGUAGACAAUGUCCCUGUAAAUGGCCCAAAAGACAUGAUUGUACCCGGGUAUGAUAGACCCAUUAAGUUUGGUGUGAUAUACCACUUUGCAUAUAAGUUGGUUGAUUCGGAUGAGGAUAUUGUGGUUGCUACUACGAUGCCGGAGACUAUGUUGGGUGAUAUCGCGAUUGCUGUACAUCCUCAGGAUAAAAGGUACAGACAUUUGGCAGGUAAGCGAGUUUGGCAUCCAUUUAGAAACGAAACAUUACCAAUCAUAAAAGACGAAUUCGUUGACAAAAAAGUUGGAACCGGCGCGGUGAAAAUAACACCAGCGCAUAGCAAAGUGGACUAUGAAGUAGCAAAAAAGAACAACAGUAUACGAUUAAUUCAAGUUAUUGAUGAAAACGGACGAAUGACUACUUCAGACCAAUUCAACGGAUUGAAGAGAUAUGAAUGCCGGCAGCUGAUCUUAGAGACACUAGAUAAUUUAGGCCUUUUAAGGGAUGCCAAACCACACCCAAUGACCUUACCAAUAUGCAGUCGAAGCGGCGGCAUCAUAGACCAUCUACCCAAAGAACAAUGGUUCUUAUCCUGCAGUAAACUAAACGAGAAGGCCGCCGCACUAGUCGACAAAGGCCACCUGGUCAUUGAACCCGCGAAGUACGUCAAAUACUGGCAGAACUGGACCGGCAACGACCGUGACUGGUGCAUCUCCAGACAACUUUGGUGGGGACACCAGAUCCCAGCCUACAAAUGCAAAGUCGAUCGAAAUGUAGUUUGGAUCGCCGCUCAAAACGAAGAAGCGGCUAAAGUAGAGGCUUCAAAAGUUUUAAGAACCUUACCCGACCUGAUCAAAGUUGAAAGAGAUCCGGACGUACUUGAUACCUGGUUCUCAUCAGGGAUCUAUCCGUUCGCAGCGCUGGGGUGGCCGGAUUCUGCCAAGGAGAAAGAUUUUAAGAAAUUCUAUCCCUUAGAUCUGUUAGCGACGGGACACGAUAUCUUAGGAUUCUGGGUCCAUAGGAUGGUCAUCCUCGGAUUAGAGUUAACAGACCAGUUGCCAUUCAAAAAGGUUUUACUGCACGGCGUGAUUUGCGACAGUAAAGGCGCCAAGAUGUCCAAAAGUAGAGGGAAUGUCAUAGACCCUAUAGACGUUGUAGAAGGAAUUAAUAUGGAGAAUCUUAAAGACAAAACGAAAGAAUUGCACAGAAAUGGAAUUUUGAGUUUGACUGAAAUGGACAAAGCUUUGGCGUAUCAUCAGGCGAACUUCAUGCAAACUAAAGGGAUACCGGAGUGUGGAGUAGAUGCUUUAAGGUUCACUUUGCUGUCACACGAUAUUAAAUCUCAUUUUGUUAACUUUGACAUUGCGAUGUGUCACUCUAACAAACUCUUCGGCAAUAAAAUUUGGCAGAGCGUUCGGUAUACCCAGCUCUCGUACUCCAAGCUGCCCGCUUUAAGCACAGAGAUAACUAAGGCCAACCUUACGUAUUUCGACAAAUGGAUCCUAAGCAGAAUGUCAGAUAUGGUAGAGACAGUCAACAAGUCUAUGGAUAACUACGAAUUCCAUUUAGCUACAAAAGCAAUAAGGACUUUUAUGUACAAUGAGUGUUGUGAUAUUUACUUGGAGGCUACCAAACCAGGGUUUGCCGGUAAAGAUCCAGUAAAGGCGUAUGCUCACGCUCACACGUUAUCCGCCGUAUUAAAUACAUCACUGAGGUGCCUCGCGCCUUUCAUGGUGUAUCUGACAGAAGAACUAAUUCCAAAAGUGCCCACCUUCUCAAAUAACAUCAUAUUCAACUUUAAAGACGGACCAAACAAAUAUUAUGAUUUCCCUUUUAGGGAACACUUUAUGGAGUGGAAAGACAGCGCUAUCGAGAAGCAAGUGGAUCGAUUUAUGAACACGAUAUAUUUGGUUAGGGAGCUAAAGGCUCUUUAUAACAUUUCGAAUAAAAUGCGACCUUCAAUUUACAUUAACAAUUUAGACGAAACUUUGAGAACUGAUAUACAGAGUAAUCAGGAGGUAUUUCUAAAUCUAUCGCGGUGUAGUGAUGUGGCGUUCAAAUCGGAUCCGGAAAAGAAUUAUGUGACCGCGGUAUUGGAUAAAAAUACAGAAGUGAACGUUGAAUUGUUGGGUGAAGAUGUGGAGUUGGCGAUAUUUGCGGCUAAGACGAAACUGGAAAAGAAAAUUCAACAGUUGAAUGAGAGUUUAUCGAGAUUAGAAGCAAAGUUCGCGAGUGGGCAUUAUUUGGCGAAUGCCCCGCCGUGGGCGCAGGCCAUAGACAAAGAGAAACUACAUUCGAAGAAGAAAGAAUUAGAACAAUUGCAAAGACUGAUGUAGAUUAAAAAUUAAAACUAAAAUUAGUUUGUAGGCGAUGCUUAACUUGCUGUUGGAUUGUGCAAUAAUUUUAAAGAUUUUGUUGAGGGAAAUUCGAUUGGAAACAAGUGAUUUUGCUAUGUUACUUAAGUUAGGACCUCACCUAGGGAUGAUAACGGGGUAUGGAAAUUAAAAAUCUAUUUAGUCCGUCAGUUAGGUAAUGGAAAAAUAUUAGACACGUAAUUUGUUUAUUUUGUCAUAUAAAAUAGCAAUACUUAGAUGAAUGAAAGUUUAGAAAUAGGAGCAAAUACGUCAUUAUUAUACGUAUAAAAAGUAUCUAGAAGUGACGUCACGCAAUAAUUAUUUCAAAUCGAGAUAUCUUCCAAAGUAUUUGUUAACAUAAGAAAAUACAAAAAUACGUGUCUAAUAUUUUAAAAUAGUCUACAAGACGGACUUUAAAAUAAAAAUUUGUCAUCUACCCUAUUACCUUCCCAUUAAGGACGAUUAUUGCAGUUUAAUAAAAUUAGUUGUUACCAUUGGUAAAUGAUAACAUUCUUCUAUUACUAAAGGCAAUAUCUUAAAUGAUUUACCUUCAAUGUGGUAUUUACAUAAAUGCAUUAUAUCAAUUGUUUCCUAUAAAGUAACAAAAUUUAAAAUAUCAUGUGUUAUGUCAAUCAGGAUUUGUUUUUUAAAUAUCUUAUGACGACAUCAAUGCCAUGAAAUAUUUAAAUCUAAAUUAGAAAUAAGUACGCAACAUAAUUUCCAUAGUAAAAAAAACAGUAAAAUUGUUAAGUUAUUAAAAAUAAUGUUAUUUAAUGCUUUUGUUUGUUGUAUAUUUAUUAAAUUAAUAUGAAAUUUAUGUCAACAUUUUUUUAAAUAAACGACAAAGUUUUAAAGUUUAAAAUGUUUAUUUGUUAAAAAAAUUCAAUAUUUUGUUUAAAAAAAACUUACAACAGUUGAUAUAUAAUAUAUUAAUUGACUAACAAUAUGUGGCCCCUUGGAACCAAAAUAAUACAUUUUUAUCACUACGAUAACGUUAAAAAAAUCAAAGUUAGCAUUGAGCAUUGACUAUACAAUAAUUAAAAUCAGAAAACUAAAAUUUGAUUUUGUUUAGGGAACAGAGUAUAGUUCCCUAACUGCCAAUUUCAAUAACCUAUCUAUCUGAAGAUUUGCCUACUAGAGAUAAUAUUUUAACAUAAGCUCCAUACAAAAUGUCUCAAAAUUCGAUUUCUAGUAGGCAAAUGUACAGAUAGAUAGGUUAUUAAAAUUGGCCGUAAGAAAAGGAGAAUCCUCCGACCAGGCAAAGUGAUUGUGCUUGGCAGGCUUUCAGCCCAACGGUUAUUCGUUGAGAUUUUCUAUCCGUGUUUCUUUGUAUGCAAACUUCAUAUGUGCUAUGUACCAUAUAAAUCUCUGUAUACUACAGUCAAUGCUAACUUUAAAUUUUUAACAAAACUAUAAUAAACAAAAUAAAGACGACAUCUUAAAAAUACACUUAAAAAACUACCAACAUAACUUGACCUGUCUGAAGUUUACUACAAACUACAAUCUUAUCGUUGUCUCUUUCUUUCGCAACCGUUCAUGUGUAAUUACAUCUCGCUCACUCCUGCAUACGUGCCAACUUCAGAGAGGUCAAGAGUUUUGUUUUGAGCGUUUUACACAACAACGAUAAUAUUGGUUAACAAAGUGGAUAUAAUGGUAUCUUAUGAAAUACAUGGACAGGGGGUGAUUAAACAGAGGUUAAUUAUUUUAUAUACAAUUCGAGACCAUUUAAACAUUAAAUAAGGGACGUAACUACGCGUAGAUAAUGAUUGCUUUAAGAACUCAUCUAACUCAUCUCUCCUUUGAAGUCCUAGUACAGGCAAAUAACU